AUGGCCAAGAAGGAGGAAAAGAAGAAACUGCUGACGUUUGGCCCUUUCGAGCAGGUGCUACUAGCACUCGUCCUCAUGGGAUUCGCAUCUCAUCCCUCAUUCCCCUACUCACCCUUUACACCCUCACUCGCGCCAGAUGGAUCUCCUACUCUGUCUCCCCUUCCCUUUCUCUCCCCGCCAUUCAUGAUGAUGAUCAUCAUCGUCUACCUCGGAUACUACAUCCUCAAACGACAAGAAGCCGAGCGCGAUCGCCUCAAGGCGCUCGCCAAGGCUGCAAAACCCAAAAGCUCAUCUUCUUCCAGCUCUUCCUCAUCCUCCGCCAAGAAGCCUCUCUCUUCUUCAGACGUCCGAGACGGCAAAGUGGCAGCACCGACCAACAAAAAAGUGGGUGACCCUACCCCCAAACACGUUUCCGGGUCCUCCUCUUCCUCCAAGGACGACCCCUCCAGCACCAGCUUUCGUAAAAACUACUUUUUGACCAUGCAGGGGCCGGGUCGGCCUGCGCUGGUACCGUUCCAGGACGGCUUGAGGCCGAAGAAAGGGGAGGCUGCUGGAACAAUGUGGUGGGACAACGUGCCAGAUGACGCCAAAGACCUCAUGGCCCCGCCGCUAGACAAGGACAAACUCAAAGCCGCCAUGAAGAAUCCUUACCAGACCGAGAUGCUCGAAAAGGAUAUUCAACUUUUCAAAAUUGCCAAGCUUCAGAAAGAAGAAGAAGCGCGUUAUGCAAAGGUCGCCUCCCUCCUUCAAACAAUGCUUGGAUUUUUGUUGUGUGCAGCAGAUAUGAGGCUGGGUAUAGGACUGAUGGUGUUUUUCCUGUGGAAGCAUUUCACAGGAUUGCAUGAGGGGCAACUGAAGGGCGAGGAAGAUGAGAUUGAAAAGGAAAAGAAGGAGCUGGAUACAAAAAUCAAGGAGGCCAAGAAGGCCGGGAUGAGUAGUAUGGACGUCAUGGCGUUACAGACUGCGCUCGAAAGGUUAGGCUAG